ACAGGUGACCCCAAUAUGCCAUGUGGUUUCACAGGCUGCUCCCCCCUUCUGCUGAACACAGGGAAUACAGCUGGAACUGUCACAUGGAAUACAGCUGGAAACCUCACCCCCCUUUUGUGGGCCACAGGGAAUACAGCUGGAAUCCUCACCCCCCUUUUGUGGGCCACAGGGAAUACAGCUGGAAUCCUCACCCCCCUUUUGUGGGCCACAGGGAAUACAGCUGGAAUCCUCACCCCCCUUUUGUGGGCCACAGGGAAUACAGCUGGAAUCCUCACCCCCCUUUUGUGGGCCACAGGGAAUACAGCUGGAAUCCUCACCCCCCUUUUGUGGGCCACAGGGAAUACAGCUGGAAUCCUCACCCCCCUUUUGUGGGCCACAGGGAAUACAGCUGGAAUCCUCACCCCCCUUUUGUGGGCCACAGGGAAUACAGCUGGAAUCCUCACCCCCCUUUUGUGGGCCACAGGGAAUACAGCUGGAAUCCUCACCCCCCUUUUGUGGGCCACAGGGAAUACAGCUGGAAUCCUCACCCCCCUUUUGUGGGCCACAGGGAAUACAGCUGGAAUCCUCACCCCCCUUUUGUGGGCCACAGGGAAUACAGCUGGAAUCCUCACCCCCCUUUUGUGGGCCACAGGGAAUACAGCUGGAAUCCUCACCCCCCUUUUGUGGGCCACAGGGAAUACAGCUGGAAUCCUCACCCCCCUUUUGUGGGCCACAGGGAAUACAGCUGGAAUCCUCACCCCCCUUUUGUGGGCCACAGGGAAUACAGCUGGAAUCCUCACCCCCCUUUUGUGGGCCACAGGGAAUACAGCUGGAAUCCUCACCCCCCUUUUGUGGGCCACAGGGAAUACAGCUGGAAUCCUCACCCCCCUUUUGUGGGCCACAGGGAAUACAGCUGGAAUCCUCACCCCCCUUUUGUGGGCCACAGGGAAUACAGCUGGAAUCCUCACCCCCCUUUUGUGGGCCACAGGGAAUACAGCUGGAAUCCUCACCCCCCUUUUGUGGGCCACAGGGAAUACAGCUGGAAUCCUCACCCCCCUUUUGUGGGCCACAGGGAAUACAGCUGGAAUCCUCACCCCCCUUUUGUGGGCCACAGGGAAUACAGCUGGAAUCCUCACCCCCCUUUUGUGGGCCACAGGGAAUACAGCUGGAAUCCUCACCCCCCUUUUGUGGGCCACAGGGAAUACAGCUGGAAUCCUCACCCCCCUUUUGUGGGCCACAGGGAAUACAGCUGGAAUCCUCACCCCCCUUUUGUGGGCCACAGGGAAUACAGCUGGAAUCCUCACCCCCCUUUUGUGGGCCACAGGGAAUACAGCUGGAAUCCUCACCCCCCUUUUGUGGGCCACAGGGAAUACAGCUGGAAUCCUCACCCCCCUUUUGUGGGCCACAGGGAAUACAGCUGGAAUCCUCACCCCCCUUUUGUGGGCCACAGGGAAUACAGCUGGAAUCCUCACCCCCCUUUUGUGGGCCACAGGGAAUACAGCUGGAAUCCUCACCCCCCUUUUGUGGGCCACAGGGAAUACAGCUGGAAUCCUCACCCCCCUUUUGUGGGCCACGGGGAAUACAGCUGGAAUCCUCACCCCCUUCUGAGCCCAGGGAAUACAGCUGGAAUCCUCAGCAGGAGCCA